GGAAAACGAAACUUUGCCUAGGACUCUCUCUCUCUCUCUUCAAGGCUGGCUGCGUUUACGGGUCGGAGAAGCAAGAGUUUCGCGGGAAAGCGGUUCUUUCACUGCGCGGCGCUGCUUCUUGGCCCUGUUGCCAUUCGUUUUGGGUCUCGGCUGAGGCUGUUAAAAAAGACAAAAAACACAACCUCACCCUGGGUCGCCGGUCACGCAAGAAGGGCAUUAAAUGCCCUAAAUGUCACAACACUCAAAAUGCAUCCCGCCAGUCCUGUGUUAAUUGUGGAGAGCACUUGACUCCGCCUUGCAGUCUGCAAAUUGCAGACAGGAGGGAUACAGAAGAGAUGGAACCUGAGGGAGAGAUGGAACCUGAGGGAGAAUUGAGGCUGGAGAGCUCCCCUUUGUCGGGAUCAUUUGUGGAUGAACAGCCAUCAAGUGAACAAACACAUGGGGCGUCUGAAGAAUCUCCAUCAGGAAGCUUUGAGAAGGUCACCUCGGCCUCCCAAAAGCGAAAGAACAGGAAAAGGAACAAGAAGAAGACUUCUCUAGAUACACAAAGUUCCUUCUCAAGCUUAAGUUCAGCUCCAUCCAGUCUUGAUUGUUCACUUACCCCAGAUAUGGCUGAUGCGAGAAUCCCAGUAGAAGAAAGUCAACACUCAGAAGCUAAGUCGAUUGACUUAAUGUCAUUCACCGAUGACAGUAGCGACCACAUUAGAAAUGCCUCCUUCCAUGCAGAUCAGGGCCAAGAAUUUGUGAGCAGAGCAGAAAUCCAGAAUCAGUCAGAGCAAAAUAAGAAAAAUGAUGCAGAAAGUCAGCCUGCUGUUACUGCUAUAACGGGGCAGAAGAUGGAGGAGGAUAGUUCCAGAAAGGUUGAUAUAGUUGCUGAACAGAUAGAUCCUAGCAAGAAACAGUGUGCUAUCAGUUCUGUUGGGCCUGGACAAUUUUCACAGAAUACAUCCAAUAUAUCAGAUGGAACUGUUAUGCAACCUGUUUCUAAGGGAGACACGGAUAGCAGAUCUUCAGAUCUCAAUGUUAAUGUUACAUCUACUGAGGAAAAAGGAUCAGGAUCAAGCAUUGAACAUCAAAACUGUGGAAUGAAGAGAUCUUUGCCUGAAUCUGAAAUGAAAAAUAGCAAUUCAACAGAAGUUACAGAAGAGGCCAAACAACAGAGCAGUUCUGAUUCAAAAAAAGCAAAGCUAAAUGUGACCAAGCAGGAGAAUAUCUCUGAAAAGGGACAAAAAAUAUGCGCUCCAGUGGAAGAGUCUGGGCAGGAAAGGAGAGAUUCUGCUGAUGAUGGAAAUCAAAAGCCACAGACAAGAAACAAGAAAGCCAGGGCAGAAGAAAAAAACCAUGAAGUCCCUGCUGUCAAACAAAAUCGGACACGUAUGGAGAAUAUUACGGUUUAUUUCCAUGCUAUUCUGUCUAAGGACUUCAAGGUAGAUUUUGACAAGCAUAAAGUGAUCAUUCUGGCAGGGGGAAUUUCUGAUUAUGCUGACUGGAAAGACACUGUAUGUGAGCUGACCUAUUCCCAAGAUCUUGGAGAUCAUGGAUACCUGAUUGAAGGCCGCACCUUAAUUUCUAAGGAAAACCUGGAUAAAGCAAUUCCGUACAAAUACGCUGUUAAAUGUGACAAAAACUUGUCAUAUGAAUUCAUUUACAAACCUACAGAUGGACCACAUGUAAAUCGCUGCUUGUUUUUAUUAUCAAAAUUGAUACGUGGUACAGAUUGGCAUCAAUAUGAUGAUAUAAUAUGUGCUAAACCAGAGAAGAGUUGGUGGAAGAAUUUGAAGAAUCGCAUUUCAUUUUGGAAAGAUAAGGAACAGGAUUUUGUGAAAGGGAAACUGAUAGCAGCAAAAAUAAUGCUGGACAACCUCUUCAGUAUACUUAAAACAUGGAGUCGGAUUAACGUCAAAAGCUUUUUCCAGCAGUUCCACCAAUUUUACUUUGUGAAUAAAAAGAUAAUGGUACAUGAAGGAUGUCGAAAGGAAUGGAAAGAGCUACAAUUCAAAGAAGAGCAGUUGCAAGCUUUUAUUGUGAAUUACUUGAUGGAAGAAUCAAAUAACAUCCUCAAACAGAACACUUCGAUGUGGGAUAAAAUAGGCUUAGCAUUGAUCACUUAUACAUUAAUAACAUCUUAUCAUAUUCGACUGCCCAAAAAGGAACUGAAACAGUUAUGCAUGUUUCUUUGUCUGGAGAAAUCACCAGCAGACGUAAAUGAAAUUGAGAGUUUCAGAGAGACAUUUUCAGAGUGUCCAAGUUUGGUGGAGAACUUGAUAAUAUUCUGUGAUAACUGCAUUGAAGAAGAGAUUCACGAGUGGGUGUGGACACUCCCAAUUCUUUAUCUAAUUGCUGUGAAUGAUUCUGAAUAUAAAACUAGGAUUUGCCUUGAAUCAGAAGAGAAAUGGGCAAGGUUGGAAUUUAUUCGAUAUUCGGAAUGUAGAGCUAAAAACAGAAACUUCUAUAAGAAUCUAAUAAUGCAAAAGCAGCAUUUGCUGGAAGGAAACCGAACAUUAUUCAGAUCCUGGUUCUGCUUGUUACCACUAUAUCACCUGGUGGAAUUUAUCUCUGGCCCUUAUGCUGAUCCAUUUGACUGUCUUCUGGGAACUUUUCAUAGACUGAAAAACUUGAAAAUUAGCCAAAAUAACUGUCAGGGUGUAGAAAAGCUUUUAGAAAAAUUGUUGCACAUCCUGUCAGAAAAAAAUAUUACAAUUCAGAAAGAAGAUUGGAGAUGCUCUGCUUUUGUCUGUCAAAAACUUCAUCAGAUAUGCAGCAGUCAGAUUCCAGAAAUACCACAAUACAAGUUAUUAGCUACAGCAGUUGAAAUUGUUUCAACAAUUCUUGCACUUGUACCAUCAGAGGAUUUAGAAAUGGAGCUUGCCACAACAGUAUUCCAAAAUGUUUGUAAAACUACUAGCAAUUGGUUUUGUUACUAUCUUCCGAAAUCUCUGCUGAAAACAGGAUCGAUUACGUUUUCUUGGAGAAACGAACUUGAGGCAUGGGAUCAGUUUUUGAAAAUAAAGUUUCCUAACAGCAGUAAUUCUCAACAUUGGAAAAAAACUUUGAUGUCAAUUUUGAAAAGCAGAAUUAAACAGGAAGGAGCUGUUGAACAAAUUAAAAUCUACUGUAGUCACUACGAGGAAAUUCAAAAAUUUGAUUCUGUGAUUUUGCAAAUAUUUGAACAUUGUGCCAUUGAAGCUAUUGAUUUAGCAUACCAGAAACAACAGAAUCUGCUUGAGUUGAUAUCUAAAUAUGAUCAGAACAAGCUGGGUAAAAUUAUGUCUGCUGCCAUCAUAAAAUCCUGGCCAAAGGAUGAUACAGCAACAUGUUCUGAAGACUUUCAAAGUAUACUAAAGCAUCUGUUUGAAUGGCAGGACAGCAAAUAUAUAUUCAUUUUCAAUCGUGCAGAAGAAAAUACUCUAAACCAAUUCACUGAUGAAGCUCGAUUGUUAAUGACCCUUGCUGAAUCUUUGCUUCAAACUGCGGCUUAUCAACUUGUAACAGGCCAUAUUCAGAUUAAGCAUUUGGAGCUAAUUGUAAAGUAUAAGACACAAUUCAUAAAAUGCAUGGAACAAUCUUACUCAAAUGAAUUACCUGAAGGACUGAAAUUAGAAAAAGUUGUAGAUCUGAGACGACAGGAAUUAUUGCAUGUCAAGAGGGAGCAAAAAUAUUUGGGAGUCCUCUUGGAUAUGUUGAGGAAGGUUCAGUGCUACGUAAAAGUGGAUUUAACUGAAGUGGAACAAAAUUACAGCGGAAAUCUGGCAGAGAAAACUUUGGAUGAUGUUGUGAAAGUGAGAGAACCCACUUCAUGCAGUGAUGAUGGAAUAGAGACCUUUCUCCAUUUGAGUGAAGAUCUGAAGAACGUAUCUAAAGAUAUCUAUGAUUAUAAAGAUAGCCACAUUUUCAUGCAUUGCUGGGAGCAGGCAGCCAAGAUGCUGAUGGACCACAUGGAGAAUUCAGACUCUGAAGAAACUUUAGAUAUGGAGGAUGUGAAUAACCGCUUAUUUUAUCCUUGUUACAAGAAGUUCCAAAGGAUUUAUGACAGCUUGAAAUUGGGAGACAUCACAUUUGCUGAAGUGAACAUUCUCUUCAAAGAUUUUAAUAAUGAUUAUGAAGAACUCAGAAGAGAUUUCGAAAUUAUGUGCAAACUGCAGACUCGUGAUAAUGGAGAAUGGAUAGGUGAACGGAUCCAGCAAAUUCAACAGUACUAUGAACUGAAUUUGGCAUUGGACUCUGCUAAAGUUAUUGACAAAGUCAAGGACGUUUUGAAACUUUCUGGUGAUUUCAGUGUCCUGCAACAAUUGCUGAACUUCACAAUUGAAUUCGAGGCCUUUCAAGAAGAAAAGCUUUCUUCUAUGAGCUCUUCAUUGAUACGUGCUAAGAAACUGCUGCAAGUUAUUACUAAAGAACGUCUCAUGUGCCUCGAAGAGCUGGCAAUUAGGAAGGAGUUUGUUCACUGGGUCAAAGAGGCUUUGGAAGACAAAAAUGAGUUGAAAGUGUUCGUGGAGCUGGCUUCAAUAUCUGCAGGAGAGAAUGACAUGGAUGUGGACCGUGUGGCUUGUUUCCAUGAUGCUGUGUUUGGCUACUCCUCCAUACUAUACGAUUUAAAGCGAGAGGCAGGAUUUAAGGAAUUCAUGAAGUGUCUCGAGAAUAUAUGGAAAGCUCUGGAAAGUGAUCAUAACCUCCCCACGAAGCUGAGUGAUUCUGCAAGAUACUUGGAUUGGUUAAAAACUAUCAAAGAGAGUCAUGGCUCUGUGGAGUUGUCGUCUAUAUCUCUGGCAACCAGGAUCAAUGAGAAAGGAAUUUACAGAAUUAAGGCCCCAGUAGAAGGACAGAAGGCUUGCCUGGACAAUGUUCUGGACCUGACGAUCCAAGAAAGUCAUGGGGACCAAGAGGAGAACCGGCAGUAUUCUUUGGAAGAGCUUCAAGAACUGAUGAACAAAUUGAUGCUGAUGUCCGGAAAAGAAGAACAAAGCGCACAAGUGGAGAAAUUUUCUGAAGUGUUUUCUAACGUUCAGAGAUUUGCAUUGUCCUUCCUGAACCUUUAUUCUGCUGGAAACAUGCUCUUCCGAAACUGGAUUGCUGACAUAUAUUGCUCACCUAAGAGACAGUUUUGCAUUAAGAUGAACUUUAAUUUAAAUUCUAUCCAUGACCUUUGUGGAAGUGGAGAUGUGGCAGAAGUUUUGCCAGCCAUGUGCAAGAAGAUGGAGAGUUUUCUGGAGAGAUGGAAUCAGUUCAUGUCUGAGAAGCGAUCCCAGUAUUUUUAUUUGAAUUAUUACAUGGCUGACCAGCUUGUAUAUUUAUGCCAGGAGCUUGGUUCGGGUAAACCCAGUGAGUCUGCCUUAAUGAUGUUGUCUUUCAUAAAACAUAGCUGCAGUAGACAAGAUAUUGAAGAAGUCUCCAAACUACUGAUAUCUGAAAUACCAAAUAGUUUUGAUGCAAUGUAUGAACUCCAGGCAAGAAAAAGAGAGUUGACUGAACACUUGGAGGAAAUAUGGGGGUCCUAUAUGGAGAACAUGGGCUUAUUUCUUCCAGAUUGCUUUGAUAUUGAAACUCUUGGUAGAUUCCUGUCUAAUUUGGCAGAUUUGGAAAAAAGGAGUGUUGCGCGAGUAUUACCACAAGGUCUUCAUACUAGGCAGCCCAAUCUCAUUCUCUGUCCUCGCUCUGAAAUUUUGAUUUCCACAAUUUCCAUCUACAUGAACAGUCCAAAAGAGAAGUUACCCUCCUACGAUGAAGUUUUAUUGUGUACACCACAAACUAGCUACGAACAAGUGGAAUUGUUUAUGAGACGAUGCCUUACUCCAAACAAUAAAGAAAAGAAGAUUUAUACCUUACUCUUUGCAGAUGAGUUGAGUUACGAUGUUAGCUAUAAGUUAGAGGAACUAUACCAAAACCUUUAUUUAAAACAUAGCAAUGACUACCAUUUAGUGAUGUUCUGCAACUGUGAGAGAGAACACUUCUAUAUCCCCUCUGUUUUUAGUAAUUGCAUUAUUCACAUGACCCCUCUUAGGCCUCUAAAAGAGAUUCAGAGUUAUCUUGGGAAGCAUUACAAAGCCACUGAGUUUGGAAAUCUAUCAACUUCCAUCUUCAAGAAUAACAUGUGUGUUGGGAUUGUAUCUUCUGAAAGAGCUGGAAUGGGAAAAUCUCUCUAUAUAAAGAGGAUGUAUCAGAAAAUGAAAGCGCAAUUGCAAGGACACAGAGUUCAUUUAAGAACUAUUCGACUGAUUGAUCCCCAUGUGAAUGAAAGAAAAAUCCUAAACUCUCUGUUUCUACUCCUGGACCAAAAGUACCAAAACCGGCCUAUGAUUGUGCAUUUUGAUAUUACUUCUUCUGUUCAGACUGGAAUUUCAGAAUUUUUGUUCAAGCUAUUCAUUUUACGUUAUCUAGAAGAUGCAGAUGGGAAAAUCUGGCUUCGGAAACAGUGCCACCUCUAUAUUGCAGAAAUUCUGCAACCACCCCACUCACCAAAAAAACAAAGAGGAUCUAAAUUUCCAGGGCUGAACUGCAGUUUCCUUGAUGUAUUCCCCCAAAUAACUUGCAGAUCUCCUAAAGAAGUACUGGACAACGGUAUUCAGAUGAAUUUAUUUCAUGAGAGCAGUGAUCCCCGAGUAGAUCAAGAAAUGUUCUGCAGUGAAGCUUUUCAGAGACCAUUCCAGUAUUUGAUAAGAGAAAGCAGAGGUGAAAAUCUUGAUGCAUUCCAGUAUAGAAAAGGCUCAGUGGAAGGGACUCCAGAAGAAUGCCUACAGCUGUUCUUGAUGUACUGUGGAGUAAUUGAUCCUUCUUGGUCAGAACUUAGAAACUUUGCUUGGUUUCUUAACCUUCAGCUGAGAAAUUGUGAAACCUCUGUUUUCUGUAAUGCUGAUUUUGUCCAGGACACUUUGCAGGGCUUUAAAAAUUUUGUGGUCAAAUUUAUGAUUUUAAUGGCAAAGGAUUUUGCAACUCCUUCACUUAACAUUUCUGAUGAAAGCCCUGGAAUGCAAGUUUUUGAAGAGGUUACUGAGGAAGCUCUUGCUCCAUUUCUGCUCCGGAAAAAGUGGGAAACUGAACCCCAUCCAUACAUAUUCUUUAAUAAGGACUGUGUAUCUAUGACUUUCAUUGGCUUUCAUCUCCAGUACAAUAACAAUGGCAGCAUUGAUGCCAUCAAUCCUUUGAAUGGCAAUAUUAUCAAGAGAAAUGUCAUGACCCGUCAGUUGUUUAGGGGGUUACAUCUUCAAAGAGUUCCAUUCAAUAUUAAUUUUGAUACACUGACCAGAGCUGAGAAAAUUGAGAAACUUUGCAUGGUCUUAGGGAUCCAGUGGCCAACCGAUCCUGAUGAAACCUAUGAACUUACAACAGAUAAUAUACUGAAAAUGCUUGCCAUUGAAAUGAGAUUUAGGUGCGGAAUUCCUGUUGUCCUGAUGGGAGAAACGGGUUGUGGGAAAACCAGGCUUAUAAAAUACCUGUGUGAACUGCGUAAGAGUGGUGCCAAUCCUGAUAACCUGAAGCUUGUCAAAGUUCAUGGAGGUACCACAGCAGAUGCGAUCUACGCUAAAGUCAGGGAAGCUGAAGAUAUGGCACAAAACAAUAAGUUGAAUUAUCAGUUUGACACAAUUUUAUUUUUUGAUGAAGCCAAUACUACAGACGCAGUCAGCAGCAUCAAGGAAGUGUUAUGUGACCACACAAUAGAAGGACAACCUUUAUGUCCCAACUCAGGUUUACAGAUCAUAGCUGCAUGCAAUCCUUAUCGCAAACACACACCAAAAAUGAUCCAGCGCUUGGAGUCAGCUGGACUGGGUUAUCGUGUCAAAGCAGAGGACACCAGCGAAAAGCUUGGUUCCAUCCCUCUUAGGCAGCUUGUUUACCGUGUCCAUGCACUGCCACCAAGCAUGAUACCUCUGGUGUGGGACUUUGGGCAAUUGAACAAUAUCACUGAAAAACUAUACAUAGAACAGAUUGUGCAAAAACUUGCCAGGUCAAUCCCAAUGUCUGCUACUGAGAUCCAAAUGAUUACUGAGGUACUUUUUAAGUCACAGACCUACAUGAGACAGCAGAAAGACGAAUGCAGCUUUAUCAGCCUCAGAGAUGUCGAGCGCUGUGUGGAAGUCUUCAAAUGGUUUCAUGGCUACAGUGAACGUCUUAUUAAGCAUCUGGAGAAGUCUCUGGAAAAUAAUCCUAAAAGUGUAAUUCAGAGAGACAGAAUAAUUUGGUCUUUGAUUCUUUCAGUUGGUGUUUGCUACCAUGCUUCCCUGGAACAGAAAGAGGCAUACUGGAGAGUUAUCUGCGAAAUAUUUCCAGAACCAUAUGAUAAUGAAAAAGUAGUUCUUGAAGAAAUUAGCUUAAUUCAGGAUCUUUUUUUGAGUGGUGUGCCUAAUAGGCAAAGAAUAGCAAAAAACAUGGCUUUGAAGGAAAAUGUGUUCAUGAUGGUAAUCUGCAUUGAACUUAAAAUCCCUUUGUUUCUUAUUGGGAAGCCGGGCAGCUCAAAAUCUCUUGCCAAGACCAUUGUGGCUGAUGCCAUGCAGGGUCAAGCAGCAUAUUCUGACCUUUAUAAGGAACUUAAGCAGAUCCAUUUGGUGUCUUUCCAGUGCAGCCCACAUUCAACCCCUGAGGGGAUCAUAAAUACAUUCAAGCAUUGUGCUCGUUUCCAGGAAGGAAAAAACCUCGGGGAAUAUGUCUCUGUGGUUGUAUUAGAUGAAAUUGGAUUGGCAGAAGACUCCCCCAAAAUGCCCCUGAAGACCCUUCACCCUCUCUUAGAAGAUGGAUGCAUUGAUGAUAAUCCACUUCCUCACAAGAAGGUUGGCUUCGUUGGGAUAUCUAACUGGGCCCUAGACCCAGCUAAGAUGAAUCGCGGCAUCUUUGUAUCCCGUGGAAACCUGAAUAAAAAUGAACUCAUAAAAAGCGCAAAAGGUAUUUGCUCUUCAGAUCAUCUUGUGCUACAGAAAGUUGAGCAUUUCUUUCCUAUCUUUGCGAAUGCGUAUGAAGAAAUUUGCCAGAACCAAACUAAGGAUUUUUUUGGAUUGCGUGACUAUUACAGCCUUGUCAAAAUGUUAUUUGCUUUGACAAAAAAUUCUAAAAGCAUACCAGGUCCUCAUGAAAUAGCAGAGGUUGUUCUCCGAAAUUUCAGUGGCAAAGAAGGUGUUGAAGUCUUGGAUACUUUUAUGUCUAAGAUUCCAGAAGGUGGAGAUGAAAAUUAUAAGGAUAUCCGUACAAUUGAUUUAGUUAAGCAAAACAUUUAUAGUGAUUAUCAGGAUGGUGAAUGCCGAUAUCUAUUAGUAUUAACAGAAAAUUAUGCAGCGCUUCAGAUUCUCCAACAGCGUUUCUUCAGAGAUGUUCAACCAGAAAUUAUUUUUGGUUCCAGCUUUCCCAAAGAUCAAGAAUACACUCAGAUUUGCAGAAACAUAAACCGAGUCAAAAUUUGCAUGGAGACAGGGAAGAUGGUUGUUCUUCUCAACCUACAAAACCUUUACGAGAGCCUCUAUGAUGCCCUCAAUCAAUAUUAUGUCCAACUUGCUGGUCAAAAAUAUGUUGACUUGGGCUUGGGGACCCAUCGAGUGAAAUGCAGAGUGCAUCCCAAAUUUCGACUGAUUGUCAUUGAAGAGAAAAAGGUGGUGUACGAACAGUUCCCCAUUCCAUUGAUUAACCGACUUGAAAAACACUAUCUGGAUAUUAAUACUGUACUGAACAAGUGGCAAAAGACCAUUGUGGAAGACUUGAAGAAAUGGGUGGAUGACUUUGUAGCAGUUAAAACUGAGAAAUAUUUUAUGGGUCAACAAACGUACAGACCUUCUGAUGUUUUUAUUGGCUACCAUUCAGACUCUUGUGCUUCAGUUGUCCUGCAGGUGACUGAAAACCUGGAAGAAUCACUUCUUUCUGCAGAGCUAAGGCAGAAAGUACAAGAGGAAUCCGAGCUGGUCCUCUUGAAUUGUGCUACCCCAGAUUCUGUUGUCCGUCUUGGUGACUCUAAACUGGACUUUUUAAAAGAUAAGUUGGCUAAGAUAUACUUUCAGCAACAGCAGCAUACUUCCUUUGCUGAAUUUUUGCACGGGUGCCUUCGGUCAGACUCCAGAGGCCAUACAGUUUUUAUUGAGAUGACGACCUUCUCCAGACUCCUGACUGCAGCAGACACAGAGAUUUUGGAGGCAGAAUUGCAGCAUAAUUCAGACAGCUUGAAAGUUUUGUUCUUACAACAAUUUGACACAGAGUACUCAUUUUUGAAGGAUAUUCGGAAUUUUUUUGCUGUGAGGACUGAUGGGAGUAAAAUCCUCAUUAUUCAGACUGACUUUGAAAAUGAAUCACUCAGUGCCCAGCUCAUUGCCUCAGCCAGGUAUUCAGCUGUUAAUGAAGUCAACAAAAUACAGGAGAAUCAAGCCAGGGUGUUUAUAAUUUUCAUCACUAAGCUGUCACGAAUCGAAGGAGGAAGUUGCUACAUAGGAUUUCACGGAGGGCUGUGGCAGUCUGUGCAUAUUGAUGAUCUAAGAACCUCCAAGGAUAUGAUCUCUGAUAUAACAUCCCUCACAAACGUUACCAUCAGCCAGCUAUUUUCUGAAAAUACGGGAGAGUCUGCAGAGAAUCCUGAAACUUCAAGGACAGAAGAAGAAGAAGAAAUAGAAGAAGAGAUGGAGGUGGAGGUGGAGGCAUCACCAAUAUCCGAACCAGAAAUAUGUUCUAAGGUUUUGGAUACUACCGUUCUUUUGAGGAGUUGUGUUCAAAGUGCUGUCAGCAUGCUAAGAGACGACAAUGAGGAUGCCGGUCGUAGCGCUAAGAGAAUUGAAAUUCUUCUUAGCCUCCUGUCUGAGGAAGAUACCCUGCAAGGCAACUUCCUGAAGAUUACAAAGAGCCGUCUUACUUGCCUUUUGAAGAAACAGGAAGAAAAUUCUUUCAGUAUGAAAGAGUGGGUGCUCCGAGAGGCUUCCAACCUUACUGCACUCCAGGAAGGAGGAACAUUUAGACGCACGCUGUGGAAACGGACCCAGAGUAUGGUGACCCCACUUCUGGCCUACAUGGUAUCUAUUUUGGACAGAGAUUAUAAUCUGGAUUUGCUGGUCAAACCAGGAACAGAAGAUUGUGUGAAAACCUUGUGGUUAUUUAUCUUCAAUGAACUAAAACUUCUAGACAUCCCUUAUGUCAUGGGUCAGAGCAGCUCUCAAACAAAACCAAUUCAGGUGCAGAAUGACAUGGAAGUGUCUCCAGGGACUGGCAAUAAAAUGCCUUUCAGCUGGAAGAUAAAGGAUUAUUUGGAAGAUCUUCGGGUUCAAGCACAACAUGUCACUAAGAAUGAAGGCCAUGCAGAGAAGUUUCUAGACAUCUUUCGGAUGACACCCCUGGGCCAACACAUUGCUUCCUACUCAGAGGAAGACAAGGCCGUCCUUUUUUAUUAUUAUGUCAGAGACUUCAUUCUCCUGGCAAUGGGUGUGACUUCAGAGAGGGAACUAAAUAUGCUGCACGUGGCCCUUUUGACCUGUGUGGAAGAAAUGAAGGCCACCUCUUCCAGUGCAGAAGCAGGAGUGCCCUCCCUUCCUUGGGUCCACCUUGCUUAUCAUCAGUUUAAGAGUCGUCUGCAGAACUUUUCCCGCAUUAUUGCUGUGUACCCUGAAGUGCUUCAUACCCUUGAACAAAGAGAAAACAAAGGAGGCAUAUGGCAAAGCCAAAUGGUGCUAGAUGUGUUUGCUGCGCUGGCCUGUACUGAAAUGUUAUCCUCGGCAGUCCUGAAACAGAAAACUCGUGCAUGGCUCCAACAGGUGAAGGACCUUCAAAUGCCCAUUGAACUUGUGUGCACAGCAAAUAGCAGCCAAGACAGUGGAAGCCAAUGCAGCCAAAUGCUCCAAGAGGUCAAGAGCCAAUGGAAUAGAAUUUUCUCAAUGUCCCUCUUUGUGGAACAUGUGCUGCUUGGAGCAGAAAUGUUGAUUCCAGAACUGAAGGACCUGGUGAAGAAGUAUCUCAUUCAACUUAAAAAUUGUUUUCAAUGGGAUUCUGACAUCAAAAAAGGGAGAACAUUCACUGCAGUGAUGAGAUUGCUAUGUCAGUGCAAGGGAGAAGCCAGUCAAUCAUUUUGCAGGUUUGGUUUAAACUCAUGCCCAAUAUGUUUGGGCGAUCCUACCAAUCCAGUAAACCUUCCUUGUGAUCAUGCAUAUUGUUAUGGUUGUAUCAAACAAUGGCUGUGUCCCGGUCAGAUGAUCUGUCCACUUUGCUUGGUCAGUCUACCAGAUGAUUACAAUCCCACAGUGUCUGAGGAGCACAGCAUUGCCAUAAAGAAAAACGCCCAGUUCCGUAAAUUAUGCAACAAUUUUUUCAUAGACCUGGUUUCUACAAUGUGUUUCAAAGGCAAUAAUCCCCCAGAUAAAUGUGUGAUUGUAGAGCUAUUGAAUCUGAUGUUUGUCCAAAAAUCAAUUUUGAAAGGCCCUGAAAGCUUGCAUACCAAAUCUUUGUCCCCCUUUGAUGAUGUGGUGGAUAAAACUCCUGUAAUCCGUUCUGCGGUGUUAAAAUUACUUCUGAAAUAUAGUUUCAGCGAUGUGGAAGUCUACGUACAAAAGCAUUUAUCAACAGUUGAAGCAAAUCACUUCAUAGACAAGGAAGAUAAAAUAGAGCUAUACAUGCUAUUCAUCAGUUGCUUUGAGGAUUCAUUGUGUGAGAAAACAGGCAAUUUUCCCAAAGAAACCAAAAUAAGUUGCUUGGCAAAUGAUGGGUAUUUUCUGGAAAAAAGUUUUCAUCAAUACAACAGCAGCCAUCCAGUCUCCCAAAAAAUUACCAUUGAGUAUUUGCAGGGAAUUGCCAACCUCCGUCUAUGCAUGGAUAGAGCUGCAGAGGUGAUCUUUGAACUUCAUGAAACUUCAGCCAGUAGUGAAGAAGAAGAAAAGCAAAUCCACUUGAAAAAAGUGAGGCAGUUUUUCUGUCGUACUCAAAAUAACUGGCAUAAGAUUUACCUUGUGCGAAAGCUUGCUAGCCAGUACGGGUUGGAAUUCACACAGAAGCUUUUGAAUAACCGCCAGUAUCACUGGGUAUUUCCAUCAGAAAUAAUAAAAGAGCAACAGGCAUUCCAACCUGGUUGCAUUGAUCGUUUCCUGGUUUGUGGCAAGGACUACAAAGCCAUACGCAAUACUGUGGAGCAAGCAUUGAUAACAUGCGAGACAGAAGUCAUUGCAGAAGCCCUGAAGGCAUACAAGGGCUCCAAGUCUGCACUGCCAAUUCAUUUUCUUCUGACUAUCUUCAGAGAGCUCACAUCACUGUAUGGAGGCGGAAACCCAAAUGCUCACCCUAAGCAGAAGCAAUGUGAUAUACUUAAAGAAUUUAUCCAGAACUCCAAGGUUCUUCCAUCUGCAAAACUGAAGUCAUUUGCUGAAUCUCUUAUUUCUAAUCAACUCCCCUUGCUGACUCUGGCUUCUCUGUCUUUUGGCCGCAACAUGAUGGUGAUUGAAAUGGCAGUUCAUACUGCAGUUGUUUUGCUUUGUGGCCAGAAUAGAAUCCUUGAACCCCUAAGGAAUCUGGCAUUCUCACCUGGAACAAUGCUGAACGCUUUUCUGCCAACCAUGCCAGAAGACAUGUUGGCUCAAGCUGUGAAGUGGCAGUUAAACGGAAAGGUUCAUUGGUAUACAUGUCCAAAUGGUCACCCCUGUAUUAUUGGAGAGUGUGGUCAACCUAUGCAACGUAGUCGUUGUGUUGAUUGUGGUGUUGAAAUUGGAGGUGUUAACCACAGGCCACUGCAAAACUUCCGAAAAGCAAGUAUUCAGGACAGGACACAAACGGGCCACAUUCUUGGAGAUCCUAGGAAAAGAGGUCCAGUGAUCACAUCAGAGAGGGAGUUGUCUCCAGCUGUCCUAAUUCUGAUUCGCUUGCUCACUCACUUUGCAUUGCUUCUGGGAGCCUCAAAUGAUGCCCAGUCUCUCUUGCAGAUCAUAAAACCACAGGUUCAGGAUCCAGUAAAUUUCUUGCUGCAGCAUAUUGACAAAGACUUAGAGCAGUUGAUGAAUACUCUUGGGAAGAGUGCUGAUGAAACCACUAAUGUCAUCCACCUCAUUCUGUGUAGCCUUUCCAAGGACCAACAUGCAGGACAAUGGCCAGUACAUUUUAACAGUCAGCUUUCCAUCAAAGAGCACAGAAACAAAUGGGAAGAAAGUGUUGCACGCACCAUUAUUCUACCUGAACUGAAGCUUUUGGAUAAAGCACUUCUGGACUUGAAUAAACAAAUCAGUGAAGAUGAAAGACUUUCUUCCAACCCUGUAGUGAAAAUUAUUUAUGGGGACCCUGCAGUCUUCCUGCCCCAUCUUCCUAAAGACAGUGUUAUACAUUCCUCUCGGAUAUGGAGUUGCAAGAAGAGGAUCUCAGUCGAGCAUCUGGCUCACAUCGUCCAACAGAAAGGCAGCAAGGAUACUGUGCCCAUCUUGCAGAAAUUUUUGCAAAAGGAAGCUGAAUUGAGGCAGGUGAAAUUUCUGCCAGAAAUUCUUGCUCUGCAGAAAGACUUGGUGAAGAGAUUUCAGAACAUCUCAGAAAUUGAGCAUCGCACAAUUGAAGAUUUUCUCAGCAAUUUUUCCUCGGGUGUCAGGUCACAAAUGAAAGGCAGAGUGGAAAAAUUUCUGGAUGUGUGGAACAAACUCAGAUUAUCCAUAGAAACCAGUGGUGAAAUUAAGCUUCCUAAAGAUUAUUGCAGUAUGGACCGCACAGUGAAAGAUCCAUUUGAAAUCCUUUUGCCUCGCCGGAGAGAUCUAGGCCUUUGUGCCACCUCCUUGGUUAGCUACCUCAUUCAGCUGCACAAUGAGUUCGUCAACACCAUAGCAAAGGAUUCAGCAGAUGCCAAUAGAUACUCUGUCAGUCCUGCUGAAGUGGCCGAUCUGCACAUGAUCAGUUAUGAAGUUGAAAAGGAUUUGAUCCCAAUCAUUCUGUCCAACUGCCAGUAUAGCGUGCAGAAAGGAGGAGAGGCUCUGCAGGAAUUUGACCUGGAAAAAAUCGAGCAGCAAGUUGUCAGUAGAUUCUUACGAGGGAAGCCCAAGAUCACGUUGCAGGGCAUACCCACACUGGUACACAGAUAUGACCAAAAUUAUGAGCAUCUGUUCAACAAAAUCAAGACAAAGCUGGAAACUCCGAGCUCCCUUUCAAACUCUAAAAUGGGCAUGAUCAGAGGGGAUUUGGUAUCGUACAGUGACAUCUGUGAGGCACUCUCGGUCACUGAAAUUAUCUUAGGAUUCCUGGCUACAACUGGAGGUGACUCACGUAUGACUUUGGCCGAUUAUGCUGAAAAUAUCCUGCAGAUGAGCAAUCAGAUAAGUCUUCCGGUGAUGAAGGCACUGAGCCGAUGUCAGCUAACGCAUGCCAUUUCCUUGUGGCAGCUCCUUUCUAGUCAUAAAUCAGAACAGCUGCUGCAUUUGAAAAAGGAUCCUUUUGGAGAGAUCAGUGCAGCCUAUAAAGAGGAACUCGCUGUGGAUAGUAUCAAUCUUCUCAAAGCUUUCCUCACUCAGACAGGGCUGGAGCCCUUCCUUCAGGAGUUGCAUGAAAUGAUCAUGCUGAAAUUGAAACAUGCCAAAGUUGGAGAAGAGUACAGUCCUACGUGGGGCCUGAAAGAAGUACUUGUUCCAUAUCUUGAAGGAAAAGGUAGCAGUGAGCUUCAGGACUUGGAAGAUAUGUUCCCAGAAGAUAUCCUGGUUUCCCAGUGUAUCGCUGCCUGGAAACUAGCUGCUACUCUUAAACGGAGUGGAUGCGGCCCAGGAAAUUAAUCCAGGCACUUUUCCUGUCUCCCUCCAUUCACUGAAGAGCAGAGCAGUUUAUUUAAUUGUUGGGUUUUCUUUAUACUUGUACAAAAAGAAAUGAAGGAGAUAACAAGCUUUUGUAUGUAAGGUGAUCCUAAAUCAUGGUGCUAAAUGUGAAUAAAUAGCGAUGCACAAACCACAAAGGAAUUGGUGCUUUAGAUAAUGAAGGAUUUCUCAGAAAUGGAAGUUGGAUAAGUACGUUGCAUUCAAAGGAUUUUCAUUGUUACAGAUUUCUAAAAGGACCAUGUAACAGCUAUAACUUUGGCUUUAUAGACUGCAUUAUAAACUUUCCUCUUUAAUCUGUUUUAGAAUUGGCAAGGGGCAGAGAAACAAUCUUCUUUCCCUCAACUUUCCUAGAUUUUCUAAACGCUACCAAAGUUAUCUUUAAUCAAGGUCAUAAUUUCUCAUACACUGAAUUCUCAUACACUCUGAGACUAGGUAUCUGAGCAAGUAGUUAGAAUCAAGCAAAUGUGUAAGUGAACCAUCCCAACCAUGUUUACUGAUAGUUUGAAAUAGGCUGUGAGGUUGCACUUCCUUUGAUUUACUGCGUCUUUUUUUCUAAGAAGCUGUGGAAAUUAAUGUUUCCUGUUUAAAGAUGCUCUUGCGAGAUAAAGACCAAUAUCUACUGAUAGUUUUUAGAUGUCAAAGAUAAAUAUGUACUGUUUUUGCAUAGUUCUAUUCUUAGUUUUGAUAGUUAAUUGACAUUUCUACCAAGUUAUGAAUUAGGCAUUGUCAUUUCAACCCUCUCUGAACUUAAAGAAACUGAGCUGCUUGUUCUUCCUUCAAUUGUGCCAGGAUGAUGUCUUAAUACAGGUUGCUGUACUGCCAGAGAACAGAAUAUGCCUUGACUUAUUUUUUUAGUCUUCAAAAAUUGUAAUCUAUAAAAAUUACUUUCUAGUCUUUUCCCCCCCUUUAUUAAAAAGUCCUUGUUACAAAAGUG